CGUACUCAUACGCUUUCCCGGAAAUCUACUGCUGCUGGUUUCCACUUUCUCUCCAUCUCUCGCGGUCCCCAAAUCCAAAACCCUAAUUCGAACUUUCUCCACCCAAAUUCUCGAUCGAAUCCCAAGAAUCUUCCAAUCCGAUGACGAAGGAGUUCGCGGUACCUCCCGUCGUCUUCCCCUCCGGCGGCAAUCCCGGCGCCGCCUCAGGAAACAUCCAGCAGCGCCGCGUCGCGACGGCGCCGUUUCAGCCCUCUACCUCCAGCCUCUCCUUUAUUCCCUUCGACAUCGGCCCCGCCGUCGGAUCCUCCUCAUCCUCCGCCGGAAUCUACGGUGGCGGCCCGAUCGGCGGCGGUCCUGCUCCGGGAAAUGUGAAUUUCGAGGACGAGGAGCCGCUUCUUGACGAGCUAGGUAUUCAUCCAGAUCAAAUCUGGAAGAAGACCAAAUCGGUCCUCAACCCGUUCAGAGUCAACCCGGCCGUCCACAAGGACUCGGACCUUUCCGGCCCGAUUCUCCUCUACAUGGCGCUCUGCCUCUUCCAAUUGCUCGCUGGAAAGAUCCAGUUCGGCGUCAUCCUUGGCUGGAUCGUCGUCUCCUCGAUCUUUCUCUACGUGGUGUUCAACAUGCUCGCCGGCCGCAACGGGAAUCUUGAUCUGCACACGUGUACGAGCGUGGUUGGCUACUGUAUGUUACCGGUGGUGAUCCUAGCGGCGGUGUCGUUGUUCGUGCCUCAGGUCGGUGCCGUGAGGUUCGCCGUCGCCGCGGUGUUCGUUCUCUGGGCGACUAGGGUUUGCACGGGACUCAUGGUUUCGCUCGCCGACGGCGGAGACGAGCACCGAGGGUUGAUAUCGUAUGCGGCUCUCUUGAUUUACACUUUGUUUUCGCUGCUUGUUAUAUUCUAGGGACGUUAAUAUGAUCAGUGAUUUGGGGGUUUUCUUCAAUUUUUUGUUGAAUACUAUCGUAACUGAGGUUAAUCCCUUGUUUAAAAUUUGUUUGUUUGUUUUUUUUUUUUUUUUCAGUUUUUCAAUGAGGGAUUUAAUGGGUGUAAUGACUGAUUGAUGAUCUUCAGGAGUUUAUGAUAAUGUGAUGAGUGAUCCUAUGUAGAAAAUGGGUAUAUUACUCUGUUAAUGAAUGAAUUCAUUCUUUAUAGAA